AUGUCAGCUGAUGUCCGGGACGCCGACAAGCUAAAGCGUGCAUAUAAUCAUUCUGAUGAACAGAAAGACUUCGAAGUCACUGAAACCGCCCUCAAGGAGAGCCAAGUCGGGCGCGCAGUUGGGAGGCUUCAAACGCAUGCUGCGAAGCGUGUCGUAGAUCUGGCGUUAGAAAUUGUGGCGAAGUGGGAGUUGGCUUUGGAGAAGGCAAAGGGGUCUACGAGAAUCCCUCAUAGGAGACCUUUGAAUCAGGUUGGAAAGGCACCAGGUGCGGCUGGGACGCCAUCGACUUCUACUGCAGCCAAAAUCAAAUUACCUACCGCAAAGGGCCACAGCAACACAGGCAUCUCUAUCAACGUUAGGAAAGAAACGCCAUUUCAUCUCUCUACCGCAGCUCUAAUCGACGAGGAACACACUUGCUAUAGGCAAUCUUUGGACGAGUUUGCAUCCAGAGAUGAUAUCCAAGAGGCCAAGGACGAUGAAUUUUAUGACAAAAUGGUGGUAAACAGCCAAAGAAUUUUAAGUUACCUUUCCCCGCCCAUGGAUUGGAGGGUCACUUUGUCUGGAGGCGAAAUUCUUGCCGCCUUAAGAAUGGUAACUCAUGCUGAUCAUGGAGAAGGGAUUGACAGAUCCCUCGUGUUGUAUCCAGCUCAUCCAAUUUCUUCGCGGACCCUGUUUCAACUUUCAACCUUUACAAAAGUUCCAUCCUGGCUUUCGGAUCUUCACCAAAAAAUCUGGAUACAGAAGAGCGGAGAACAGAUUAUACGCACUGUCAAAAUUGAGUACGCUGACUACAAACGACUAGAUGAACGUUUAGCCGAGGUCCGUCCAGGCAGCCCGGGGGCAAUACGAGACAUUAAACUUGACUUUCUGUGGUCCUUACCCUCGACCAUCUCUGGCCCUCUUGACGACAAGGAAGCUAUUGACGGUGAUCAUUUUGAUGAUGAUGUUCACUCGUUCUUCCCCAUUACACUCCAAUAUUUGGACCUCUUCAGGCUGGGACUUCGGCGGAUGUCACUGCGAAUGCCAGCCCCGCUUCUCAUUCGGCGCGAGUAUCACGCCCUCUCUAAACUAUUAAGUAAACUGCCAAAGGAUAGUGCUGGCUCUGUUAUGAUUAGCGGACAACCUGGUGCCGUAAACUCUUGGCUGGGUGGACCCAUUGUCGCCUAUUGCGAUGCUGAUGGCCUUUCAAGUAAACCAUCUCAGUUUUUGAUGGAAAAUUACACCAUCCAGAUUAUAGCUGUUUGCCCACUCAAUGAGACAAUGCCUGGCUCGUCGCAUGUCAUGAAGCUUGUAACGAAACUGUGGUCACCUCGGGAGCUUUUCACUGUUGCAUGCCUCUCAGCCUCCCUUAGCCCCACUAGCAUCAUUCAGUUGAAGCGGAACCUUGAAAGAGAGAUUCAAGACCUCUCCACGAAGAAUAACUUGAUGGAUUUAUUCUCUCAGACGCGUUUACAGAGAUCACUCUCUCACUCCAUAUUUCAGCUGUCGCCAAUGAACGAUAUGCGAUUAUUCGACGAUGCUAUUGUAACACCGGUUUCCCCUUGGGCUUUGGAGCUCAUAUCACAUAGUUAUGAAAGGAGUCAGGAAAACAUCUCGCUUCAGUUCUACCACGCAAUUGCCGACAUACCUUCCGCGGGGACCCUCCGUAUGAUCUUCCAGCUGCGGGUGCUAGCAUAUUUUCGGGAUCUUCGGGAACCAACCACCUUCAAAGUUCGGCGUCCGUCCGACUCUUUCACUUCCGUCGGACUUCACUCAUCGGGUCUUGAGCUUGACGAUGCAGUCUGGUGCAAGAAGCAAAGACAUCUAGUACCGAAGUCAACCUUUCCCUCUGUCGAUUCUCUGUUGUUCCUUCCUAAAGACACUCUCAUCGGUUUCCAAGCUACUGUUCGACCGGAGCAUCCUAUAGCUACUGCUGGAUUAAGACGUAUCUUAUCAUGGCUCAAGCAUUGA